AUGUCCGAAGAAUCAGAAGAAUCAGACAACAUCGGCUACCUUGCUCAGGACUUGAGUGGCUCGGAGGAUGAGGAAUCAAUUUCCGAGAGUGAACUUGACCAAGAAACGGAAGAAGAGUCCAGUUCAUCCGAUGCUCAACAGUUGCUCGACCUCGAAGCUUUUGAGUCGGGAGACAGUGAUUUAAAUGAAAGCCAUUCUGACUAUCAUGGAAGUUCUGGCAUCUCUUCGGCCAAGACAACGUCCUCGUUUCCCCAGUUCAUACGCCUGCCCCUUGAGCUCCGCUACCGUGUUUGGGAAUUCUUCUGUCCUGAUCUCACUGCAAAAGCACGGGUUUACUGGUUGCAGUAUUCGACACCUUCUCCAUACCAGCCCCCCAUCCGACCACCCAAAAGCCACCCAGUUUAUGAUGGUCCGCUGCUGGACGCCCAGACCAGGCCAGCUCGGACUAUGAUGGCUGUACAUCGUGAAAGUCGUCAACUGGCAUUAAAGGCCCUUCCGGAUGUCUUACGUUUCCAACCAAAAGGGAAGGCAUGGCUGAGGUUUAACGCCCGGCGGGACAUAAUCUAUCUUAGCAAUGCCGAGGACUUCUUCGCCUACGAAGAGAUCCCAAGAAUUCCCGGUUUCACUGAUCAGAUCCGUCAUCUCGCUGUCGAGGUGCGAGUGCUCGCUGAGCUCGGGAACCUGCAUACAAUCCUCCUUUGGGCAACUUUCCCAAAUCUCGAGGCAAUGUAUUUCGCAACUGAACCGGUGAACCACAGCCCAGAGUACCUUCGCUGGUGCACCUCCAAGUCAUCGAACCAGUACUUGGUUGAGAUUAACCCUGACCAAGACCCCUGGCUCGAAGAACCGGAUAUGCUUUACUGCUGGCCUGAUAUCAAAAACCAUCGAGACUUUGCAAAGAAGGAGAUAAACAAAAAGAAACUGAUGGAGGACAUGGUACAGAAGGCUGACAUCGAUAUCACGUGGGCGUCCUCCCGCACGCUCAACCUGUGGCCACUUGUCCAGUUUCAACGCGACUCCAACUUGGACUGGUUUGACCAGCUGGCUACUUGGGAUGGUAAGGGGAAGAUUGAGUGGCCAUCUGAUUCUGAUGCCUUCUUAUACGACUCUGUUCUGGAUGAGUACGAAAGCUCCGGGAUCGACGACUCGGAACUUAGCGACCUCUUAGACGGUCUGUCUUCCAGCGAGGAAUUAGACGACUUUGAUGAAGAGAACAGUAGAAUCAGUACCAGUACAGACGAUGAAACUUCCGAGGAUGGUGUUACCUCUGCGACCGACUUGCCCUCCGAUGAUGGUGCGAACUUCGCAGAGUUUUCGAACACAGAAUCCUCUUCUGCCACUAAUCGAGGAUCUCCCUCUGAGGCUGAGUCUGACCAUCCGGUUCCCCAACAGUACAGAUCACGUUUAAAGCGGCCACGAAGCAGGGUCGUGGACUCUGAAUCUGAAGAGUCUGAAAGCGAUGGUCCCCGAAAAUGUGCCCGUUUCAGCGGUCGUAAUCGGAGGGUGAUUGUGGACUCUGAUGACGGAGAAGCGGAGAGCAGUCACGAUACACUAACCCGUGCUCUCCGUAAACGUACUGUGAUGUCCGAAGACGAGGGAGAGGAAGAUGAUGAACAACGUGAUGAGGACCAUGAUGAUAACAUCUCUCAAAGCUCGGCAGCCAGUGAUCGGCCCGACGCAAGCUUGGAUGGUGACGAUUCCGAUCAAGAUUGGGGAGCGGCGGUUGAAAAACCCUUGUCCUUUACUGAGAAGCUCCAGUUACACUGUGAGAAAGUGCCCAUUCCUCCUGGUGAUGAUGAUGACGGCGAUAGUGGAGAUAAUGAUAGCUCUGAUAAGGAGGGCGUGAGCGGCGACGAUUACGACGCAUAUACAUACGCGGAUUUCCAGGAUGAUGAGGACGGGAAUGAGACAUUAGACCACGAUAGUCAUGGACAGGAUGGGUAUUUUGACAAUGAGGACGAAGAAGGAUAUGGCUAUGAAGAUUGA